AUGUCGCCCAACUCAACCGUUUUCCACAAGAUCAAUGCCCUCUUCUCACCCCUCUCCCAGCAAGGCAGCCAAAAGGAGUUCAUCGCUCACAUCUCCGAGUCCGUGCACUGGGAGAUCCCCGGCCACAGCCCCAUGUCUGGCACAUACACGUCUCGGAACCACUUCGUGGACAGGACGCUGAAAGUUCUGGCCGAAAGGGUUCUCACCGAGCCCCUCAGGCUGCGAGUCAUGAAUGUUGUGGGCGCGUUGAAUGGCGAUGGGGAUGCCAUGGAGGGGGAGGUGGCGGUCGAACUACAGGCCAUCGACGCGGUGUGCAAGAAUGGAUUGAAGUAUGAUAUGCGCUAUGUCUGGGUUUGUCGGUUUGAGGGUGGCAAAAUUGUCCAUGUUCGUGCGUAUUCGGACACCGAUUUGCUCACGAGAGCCAUGAAGGAGAAUAUGCCAGAGCUGACAUAA